AACACCUUGCGGAUUCUUGCGGCAGUGCGUGCAUUUCCGACCGAACGGUGUGUGUGUUAUCGUCGCGCGUGAUGAUGAUCGUGCACUGUUCGGACGUGUACGAACAAUCGACGCGCUUUUCCUGCGAAAUUGACGUGUAGAUGAUUGUAAUGCCUGAUUAUAUUGACUGGUAAUAUUACAAAAGUAAUUCGAGUCGCGAACGUGAACUCCACACAAUAAAUACGUGUAUCCUUUGUGCGCACGCAGUAUUUAAAUAUUGUGCUGUAAUUGAGAAAUUUCGAAAGAACGGAAAUUUUAACGCACAGAGUGUGUUAAUCCUUUUCCCUCCGAGAGACUAAUACGCGGCUCUUGUGUGACAUUAAUGACAGAUCUUGUGAACAUGGUAUGAAAUAUUUUGACUAUAUUGUGACAAUACGUGGAAAAAUACGAACAUGAUAAAUUCCACUAAUAAGACAGCGUGUUACAAGUGACAAAGUGUCAGUGUGAAGUGCGUAGAGCAGCCAAUUUACAUCUUAUUUCGCGGUUCUGAGACUUAAUCUAAAAUCGUGUCACAUCUUUUCAGAACUCGAAGAAGUUCAAGUCUGUGCACGCCAGUAAAAUCCACCGAAAAUAUUCACGUUGUCCCUGUAACUUCGAAACGGUGGUGACGAGCAGAUUGGUGGGAAAGCGCAGAUCUUCUUCCGCGGGGCUUCGUUAAAAAAACCCAGUCGAGCACGAAAGUGUUGGAGCACGACGUUCCUGAGCUCCGAGAGAAACCUGGAAGACGUGCGAUUUAUUUACAUGCGGCGACCGCAGGCGCUCGCGGAACGUGAUAAACACAAGUAAACUUACAGUUUCGACUUCGGGGCAUGCUAAUCGGCUUUUUGAAGUGCGAAAAGUACGAUUCUGUCUAAAGAGAGUCGCCGUGGCCGCUCGACGGUGAAUCAAAACGGUGCGGAAAUUUGUCGAGAACGAAGAGAGGAUAAAAUUGGAAAAAAAGCCACGGUCGGAAACAUUCAGUCAACGCGAGAACCGGCGGCACCGUCGCGAAGCGACGGACGUACGUCGUGCGUACUUAUUACGGAAAUCCGGUUUGUUGGAAUGAGGCUUUGAAGUUUUCAUCGUUCGCCGACGAAUCGUCUUCCAUUGCUAUUCGUUUUUUUUUUUUUUUUUUUUUUUUAUUGUUUUUUGCGCCCGGAACCGAGGAGAGGAUGGAAAAGCGGAAAACUGAGUGGCUUCGUAUUCAAACGCCCGAGCGUUCCCGCUAUGAAAAAAUGACGGAAGUGUCCGCAUCACGUACGAUCGAGCGUCCCUUCGCCGCCGACGGGAAAUCCUUACUCGAGGGUAUCAUCCAGUCGAGCGAUUUCGACCGCGCGUCGUAAUAAGAAAUCGACAGUGACAAAAAUCAAAGUGACACGCGCCGAAUGACGCGAGCGAAUUUGAAGAAGACGAGCAAAGAAGUGCGAAAUCCGUCCCCUUAUAGAGAUUGCGUUAUAGAAACUGCGAGAAGCGGCAGUCAUGUAUUCGCGGAGAUUGAGUCUACGAAAUUCUAGUACACGUGUACGAAGAAAACUCUAUUACGAAAUUUCAUUCCUUCAGAUAGUAUUGCUUAGUCAUUGCGAAGUAUGAUAACUCGAUGUGUUACUUUACGCACACGAGUGUGAUGAACGAACGAGUGUGACCGACUGUAUCAUCGCGAACUAUGAUAUUCCGAAAUAAAUUUCCGCGUACGAUUGUAGUGAAAUAAAAAAAAACAAAAAAAAAAACAAAAAAAAAAAACAAAUGUGGCCGAGUAGCCGAAGUGGACGAACAGUGCGUUUUUGAACACGCGCAUCUCACGUGAAGCGUUUGACAUGUCACCCGACGCGAGAUCAUCAUUUCGGUGAGAACGGAAGAGAAAGUACUGCGAUACUCUGUAGUAAAACCAAAAAAAAAAAAAAAAGAAAAAUUGUCAAUUGUGAACUCUACUAGCGCGAAAUCAAGCGGCGAGUGGCAGAUGCAUGCGCACGACGACGUAUCCGACGGCAAACGCGGCGGCAGGACCCGGUGACUCUGCGGAGACAGGAAAUAGAGAGAAUGGAGAAGGACAACGUCAGACAUUACAGAGCUUACGAGGGCUUCAAGCCAGCGAAUAACGGCAAUACCUCGUCUCUGAAGAGAUCGACAUCGGAACGCUCGAAGACGCAUCCGUCUCGCCAAGUGAGAUGUCUGUGCUUCGGGGGCGUGCCGGACAAGGCCAGCCAGCACUCUUUCUGCAAAGGAUUUCUGAUAAAUCUUGCAAUAUGUACCGGUCUGGUGGCCUACACCGUAGUGGGAAGCUUAAUCUUCCUGGGUAUCGAGGGCGGGGCCGAUAUCGGUCCGCAACAGAGAACUCUCGCCACGACGAUAGCUGGAAAUCAGCAUACCAAGAGAAACACCACCGCUUGGCUCAAACAACUUAAUCGCGAGGCUCGAGCUAAGACCGUGGAGAACAUAUGGAUAAUCACGGAAGAGUUGAACGUUCUCUAUCGCGAGAACUGGACGAGGUUGGCUGAUCAGGAGAUCGCGCGGUUUCAGGACCAACUAGUGAAAAGGAUCACGGAGGACAUGAUGGCGACCCAGAAUGCCGGAACGUACACCAAGAGCUCCGCGAGCGAGACCGUAACGGAACGCCGCGUGCCGGAUUACGAAUGGAACUUUGCAAAGGCGUUCCUCUAUUCUCUGACAGUUCUCACUACUAUCGGUUGCGGAAGUAUCGCACCGAAAUCCACUUGGGGAAAAGUCGCCACCGUAGGUUACGCCUGUCUUGGUAUCCCUCUGACUUUGAUCUACCUGUCUAGCGCGGGAGGUCUCUUAUCGCGAUGCGCCAGAGGUGUCUUCACCCGAGCUCUAUGCUGCUGCCUCUGUUCGAAUUGCGGUUACUGUUGCUACGACGAGAAGCGGAUGCAGGAAAAAGAACGACGAAUGAGAAAGAAGCGACAACAGGAAGAGUUGGCGCAGCAGCAGCAACAGCAAUUACAAUUGCAGGAGCCGUUCUAUGUUCGCGCGAAUGCAUCGACGUUUACGAGCACCGUGGAAAUUAAGGCCAGUCCGAAGGACGAGGUGUCAAGCCUCGGCUCGGGCGACCGACCCAACGUCACUAUCCUCGCGCCAAUCAGCAUUUGUCUCGGUGCGAUGCUGUGCUACAUCAUUGGCGGUGCAUUCAUUCUGCACAAAUUGGAUGACUGGUCAUUCGUAGACGCGAGCUAUUUCUGCUUCAUGAGUCUGAGCACCAUCGGCUUCGGCGACAUGGUGCCCGGUUCUUACCCUCGCCACGCCCUCCUCAACUCGAAAAACGUGACGAUCUGGUUCUGCUCCUGCUACAUAAUGUCAGGAAUGGCCUUGACAGCGAUGUGUUUCAACAUCCUACACGACGAGAUCGUCCACCGAUUAAGUCAUCAGCCGGACAAGCCGGAGCCGGUGAAGCCGAGCUCGAACGGCACUGACGAGAACAAUAUAUGUGGCACGGAACCACCCACCAAUAUAUUCGCGCACGAGAAUGAGAUCAACAUUCUGAAAGACACCUUCAAUCAAGUGGACGUCACCAGAGACUGCAAGCCGAUCCUGAAGCUCGAGGACCACGUCCCGCCGAUUUCUGCCGUUUACAUGUUGCCCAAAGUUGACGAGGAGGCUGAGGAAAAUACGGAAAUGUGAAACUUCGGUGGAUUUCCGGAGAUUGACGUUCCGGCCGGACAGGUUCAAUCAACUGGAGAUUACCCGGCGGCGGCGCGUUUACGGGUCGUAAGCAAACGCAUAGGUAUAUGUAAUACGUUGUAUGUUAAACUGUGUUGUCAAAUUGCGACAAUGAAAAAAUGUUUUUGCUGAAUCUAUCAUUAACGUUGAAUUUAAAUUGAAAUGUGAUAACAGCCUUAAUAAAUGCAAGAAAGUAACAGUGCUCAAAAUUUACUCUUCUUUUUUUUCAUAAAUGUAAGGAACAUAGUUUUGUAAUUUCAU